CAAAUCAUCACAAAAAGAUGAAAAUGUAAAACAUCCGACGAAUCACCCUGAUGUAUCAAAAGAGCUAACAAAUAAUGUAUGCAAAUUGGAUGAAAAGAUAACUAAACUUGAACAACAAGUCAUUCAAAACACAAAUAUAGCUCAAAAAUGCACAACCUGUUUGGAAACCUUUUCAAAGGAAAUUAACGACCUAAAAACUGCACAAGAAACUAAGGCUGUCCCUACUCAUUUCGACCAACAACAGGUGUCACAACCCCCAUUGCAACCACCCAUUGAUAUGUUACCACCUCCUUUGGCCCCACCCCCACUUACUACCACAACACAAACACUUCCUUCUUCAAAUGCGGGGAGGGGCGAUUUACUCUCGCAGAUUCAAAGAGGGAAGAAACUCAAAAAGGUGUCGACUACAGAAAAGGCCGUUGCACCAAAUCAUCCCCAAAAUAGAGGCGCAAUGAUAGGACAACGACCACAACAAAAAAGUACACAGACUUGUCAACCACCUGUGGGCAACCCACUUCUAGCAGAGAUGGCAAACAAAAGGCUCAAACCGACGCGGGGGGGAUUUAAGUGA